CAGAGUGAACGGUCUUCCGCAACUAAAGCAUCAUGGGAAAAUAACAAAUGGCUGCCGAGGGCACCUAGCAUGGGACCAUAAAUGUGAUGGAGGUCAAUAAACCCUUCAUGGGUUCAUGCGAUUUAUCGCAGUCCUCCUAGGUUCAUUAUAUACAUACAUUUCGAAGGUUUUGGUAAAUUUUCAAUACCUUAACAGCAUGGGUAUCAAACGGAAAGAUUUCCAAAAAGCUGCUGCAUUCAUCAACGAGUUCCUGUUGAAACUCAACGAAGAUGCAGAGGGAUCUGAGUUACGGGACACCCUGAACCUGGCCCUUCUACACAUGCAGAAGUACUACCGCAUGCUACAAACCAGGUCUCAUGAAAAGAAUGCAGAAAAGACAUUAUCACUCUCAGCUAGGGGCUUUAGUCCAAUGACCCCUUUUGUUGAUGCCCCUGACAAAUUUCAGUGGAAAUGGGUGAACUUGGACAACCUGAAAAAUUUACAAGGAAUAAUGACAGAUGAAAGCAUGAACAUAACUGCACUGCCUCCAAUAAUGCAAGCAGUGAAACAGAAAGAUUCAGACCUACUAAUGGAGCUUGUUCAAGGAGAUCCUCAUUGCAUCGAUGAACAGGAUGGAAUAGGAAGGACAGCUUUGUCUUAUGCUGUACAUUUUCAUCAGAAUGAAAUGCUGAACUAUCUCUUGGAAAAUCAGGCAGAUGUCAAUAUUACAGGCCAUGAUGGCUCCACUGCACUUCACCAGGCCUGUCAUGAUGCUAACCAUGUGGCCCUCAGUUUAUUAUUACAGUACGGUGGAGAUUUUACAAUACAAGAUAGUCAUGGGAGAGCACCCAUACACUGGGCAGUCACAACCAAAUCCACAGAGUGUUUAAAGUACUUAAUACAGCACAAUGCUGACGUGAACAUCAGGGACAAAGAUGGAAUAACACCGUGUAUGUGGGCGUGUCGGCUAGAUCACAUCAAACAUUUUGAACUGUUGAGUAGCUCUGACAACUUCACGGUGGAUGAGGCUGACGGUAUCGAGCGAGAUCUGAACGGGAGGACCUGGAUGCAUUGGUCGGUCAGGAGAACCGAACCCCUGGAGUGCCUACAGACUCUAUUGACCUCUGAAACAGCGAAAAUAAAAGAUGAGAAUGGUAAAACAGUUCUGUUGCUGGCUGCAGAGACAGGUUCCUUACUGGCCUGUAAGAUAAUUUUAGAGAUAGCGGGACGACAAAGAGUAGUGGACCGUGACAACAACGAUCGGUCAGCCUUACACCUGGCUUCUAUAAAUGGACAUGGGGAUGUCAUUAACCACUUGUUAGACUAUGGAGCCGAUCUGAACUUGCUGGACAAGUUUAAUGCCACAGCUUGGGACUAUGCCAGGAACAAGCAGCUCCAUUACUGUCAGCUGAUCAUCAUGUCACAUCAGCGUCAACGCCUCCAGAGCAACCCUAGCACACCCAUACCAAACCGUAUGGGGCUGUCCAUGACCAGUUUUAAUGGGUUGGGAAGUGGAGAUCUGGAUUACGAAUAUAUGAUGAAUUCCCGUCAGAGCACAGAUUAUAGGACCCCAAUUACUCCUCCUCAUCCCCCCAAGAGGCCCCGGACCAUGUCCACCCCCAGGACCCCCCUCAGGCGCUCCCAGAGUCUCGGCCUGUCAGAACCCAAACAGUCCUCUAACUACCCAGAGGACAACCGCCAGUCAACGAGCGCUGGGGGAGAGUUCCACAACCGACGAAAAGAGAGAAUUGAGGUUCAGCUUAAUCACCAGAGAAGGGGUUUGAUGAAUGGAGACGGCCACUCGGUCAAUUAUGUCCAGCGGGAAGAUAUCCCCAUGAUGUCAGAUGACGAAGCUGUACAAGAUGAGGAGGACGUUGAUGGCGUCAGUGUCGGGGGGAUGGACGUGUCAGACAUCGAGGACGAGGACCACGACCACGACAGCAUGUCUAUGGCCUCCCGACAGACCGGGGGUCACGCUAGUCAGAGGAGCUAUAACAGCCAGGGAUCAUUACAGCCCCGCCCACCCCCCAGAUACCCCCACCAACCCAGCCCACCUAAACAACACUACUCCCAGCCACAGGGACCACCUUUCAACAAACCAAGAGAGGAAAAUCAAGAUGGCUUCCCAAUGCAGAGAGUAAUGCAACCCAAGCCUCCCCCCAAAUUUAACCAGGCAGUGAUUGCUCCACACUUUGAUCAGUCUGUAAAUCUUCAGGAGACUUUCCCUCCAGCUCGCCCCAGACCUGCCCCUCGCCAGGCCCAGAUUUACAGACAGCAGCCCCCCAGACCCCCUCCCCCCAGAAGAACUCCCUCACCGGUGAGGCCUAACUCUGGUAACAAAGACCAGGAGAGGGGGAGGUUUAGUCCCGAGAGUCCUGAGCAGAACUUUACAAAGAAGCCCUCGCCUCCUAGUGAGCAGAAUAGACCAGACUCAGGAAGCAAACCUCCAGGUGUGGUGGAAGGCCGUAAAAUCCCUCCUCCAAUGCUUACCCCACUGGAGAAUGCUCCUGUGCCUCCAACCUUUAACUUGUUUGAAAAAAAGGAACAGAAAAAGAAAAAGAAGAGACGAGAAAGGGAAAGAGAAAAAGAAAAGGAAAAAGAAAGAGAGAGAGAAAGUGACAUUAAAUCUCCACCUAUGGACAUAGAGCCACCGCGGGGAUAUGCUGCCCCCCUGCAUCCUCCCCCCUCAGCCAGUAUACGCUCACAGCGAGCACAGUCAGGAAUCCCAGCACCAAGAUACUCAAAACAGCAACCUCAGAGGCACGAGUCAAGGUACAACAUUAGAGGCACGAGUCAAGGUAAGUACACUCAAAACAGCAACCUCAGAGGCACAAGUCAAGGAUGUCAUAAUGAAGAGAAUGGAGACACCAUAUUACAGGAUGUCAUCAAUGAGGAGGAUGAUACAGCGGGGCCCCUUAUACCCCCACCCCAGGGGUUCCGAAGUCCUGGUCAUGCCCAGGGAAGGGCCCUCUCACAGUCCGUUCCUCAGGACAGCAGAACAGCCAGAAUGACCCCGACAAGUGCUAAGCCUCCCAUUCCCUCGGGGCGGAGCAGUGGCCGCAGUAGUACAUACGGGAAAAGUCCGUCUCCCCACUCCCGUAGAUCCCGCCCCCCUACCGGUCGCUCGUGACUGCCCCCUCACCGGCCGCUUGUGACUGACGUGCCUCUCCUAUUAGCAGUCAUUUUCUAAUAUUUCCGAAGCAUAAGCUAGAGUAGCCAGAAGUCAUUACAGCUUCCUGUAUACUGUAAUCUGUGAUAUAACCAAUGUUCUCAGUUAUUUAUUGCCAGUCAGAGAAUUAGAGAACUUAUUUAUUGAUGAAUGAUAGAUAGAAUGGUAGAAACUGUGCAAGAGAGAAGUAUUAUUUUUACACGAUGUCAUUUUUUUUGUUUUGAUCUUGUGUUAUUGAAAAUAUCUUAAUAGGUAUUGAAUACCUCCUCAAAUGAUUUUUUUUUUAAUACAUGUACACCACACAUAUGGGAAAAGGGAACCUUUGAAAUUCUUAGGUUGUAGGCAAAAAUAUUAAAGACUGUAUAUACAUACUCUGCACUCAACCCCAACAAAUAAUUCAAAUCCACCUUAUAUUUUGAUUACUGUAGAAGUACUUUUUUCCCGCAUGGUAUUAAUUUACGCUAUGUAGGGGGUCUCAAAUUUUCUGCGGAAAUAUGUCCCAUGGAACUUCAUGCUAAUAUAAGGAGAGUCUUAAGAUAUCCGUAUAAUUUUCUAUCAGUGGAUUGAACAGAAAUAGAGAUUCCAUGGAAUUAUGACCCCAUGAAAAAAAGUAUGUCUACAGUAUUCAGAAAAUGUUAAAAUGUUGAUGUUUUUUAUUUACUGUUAGAAAAAUGUGUUAUAAAUAAGCUAUUUUAAGUAAACACAUGCAUACUAUAUAUCAUCAAUAAUUUAUUGUUAAUUUGAACUGAACACAUUUAUAAAAAUAUAUUUAUAUAAUAUGCAGUAUGUAUAGAAAUAUAUUGUAUUUUUAUCAUGAUAUCCGAGACAUUCCGUCCUUUUACCUUUAUUUAUUUAUUUACAUGAAUUCUAGUUAAGUGUACAAUAUAUGUUUAUCUUAUUUGGUUGUGUUAAAAAUAUAUGUAGAAACCGUCCAUUUAUAAUUGUAUUGAUUUUGAGUAAAUUUUUUUUUAUUUACAAAGUUGAUUGUUGCACAUGUUAAUGAGUCACUUAUUUAGAUCACUACAAUUUGCAAUUUUAAGUGAAGAGUUUUCUAAGUUCAGUGUAUACUUUGAAGUUUAUGGAUUUUAUAAUUCAGUGAACUAGCAGAAAUGUAGAAAUUUAAUAAUGUAAGUGCUAAUAAUGGAUUCUUUUAGAUAUAAUUGAUCACAUAAUUAUAGACCUUGUUUUCAUUAGACAGAUAAAUUUGUAAUGUAAUGUAUAAUCAUAAGUAAACAAUCUUCAUUAUUUGAAAUUCCAGUUUAAAUAAUUAAAAUUCAAAUGACAUUUCUGUUUGUAUGUCAAGGUCAUUACAACUAGACUUGAAAUUUCAUAUUUAUUUGAUAUGCUGUGAUAUUUUUCUUUCAUGUAUAUUGAAAGUUCAGGUAUACCUUUAAUCAUUAGAAUAAUACUUUUUCAUCAAGCAACGUAAAGGUUACUUUCUGGGUGCUUAGCGACUGUUUCUUACAAGUAUAUGAUGAACCUUUAAACUUCUUCAUAGAAAUAAUAAAUUUUUAAAUAGUUUUCCAUGAUGGAUUUUCUGGAACAUUCCAUGGAAGUCGGCUGAAUUUGUAUAAUUUUAUUUUAGCUGUAACUGAUUUAAUUGACCUACUUUCCUCGCAGCUUUCCAGAAAUCUUUGUACUUGUUCUGAAAUGAAAAUUUACUUUAGGAACUUUAUCUAUUUGUUAAGGUAAAAGGGGAAUUCAACCAGUACAUCAUUCAUAAUGAUUAUACUUUUUAUCCUCUAUUAUUUUUUUUCAUCAAAAGUUGCACUUAUUCUAUUUAGUGUCAAUCGUUUCAGUGUCUUAGAUAGAAAAAUGUGUUUUCUUAUGAUAUUUUUAUUAUUCAUUAAAAAUUGAUUGAUUAUAAUAAUUAUAUUUCUAUUAGAUAGCAGUUAUUGUAUAAAAAAUAUGACUACCAGUGUCGCCCUUUGUAUACACUGACUGGUAAUAGUUUCUUUGUGGGGGUUCUUUCUGUAUAACAAGUAGAAUUCAAUGCAGUAGUACUCAAAAGAGAAACAAAAGAUCAAAGAAAGUCUAAUAGGAUGUGGGGGUAAAUGUUGUUAAAUGUUUAACAACAAUAAUUUCCUGCACAAAGCUGAAAAUUGAAGAAAAAAAAUUGAUACAUGUAUCAUGCACUGAUAUUUCAGGGAUUUUUUUUUUAGCUCUCAGUCUAUUUUUUUUUAUAAUGUAGUUGGCACAUUUUUGACCUUUGUGAUUUUAUCAGCAAGGAUCCCAUAAUGUAAUAGUCUUAUACCUCUGAUAUUAAUUUGAAAGAAAUCCGCCUUGUAUCCCUUAUAUUUGCAUCCUCUUUCAAUUUGAUGUACUAGAUAACAGAUAUAUUUUCUAAUGAUAGAUAACUCUUUUUUAGAGAAAUAAAAGAGUCUAUAAAUGCACCAGUAA